GAGGGUUAUAAAAAGAGGAGCUGGCAUCCGAAGGAGCUGCCUUCUCUCCUCUUCUGUCCAAAGAGCCCAUCGCCAUUAUGAGCUUCAACGGAAAGUUUGAACUCCAAACCCAUGAGAAUUUUGAGCCCUUCAUGAAAGCCAUUGGCCUUUCAGAUGAGAUGAUUGAAAAGGGCAAGGACCUCAAAAGCAUCUCUGAAAUUGUUCAGAAUGGCAAGAAGUUCAAAGUCACGGUGACAACCGGAAGCAAGGUGUUGACUAAUGAGUUUACAAUCGGAGAAGAGGCUGAACUGCAGACGCCAACAGGAGAGAAGGUCAAGGCCACUGUUCAAAUGGAAGGAGACAAUAAGAUGGUUGUGAACCUGAAGAACAUCAAGUCUGUCACUGAAAUAAACGGGGACACCAUCACUAAUACGCUGAGCGUGGGUGACAUCCAGUACAAGAGAAUCAGCAAAAGAAUCUAGAUAACUCAGGCAUUUCUAUACUUUUACUGUGUAAAAGUAGUACAAUAAAGUGAGAUGUAUGCAAA